GUCAAAACCACGCGGCCUUGAGCGCUCGGCUGCUGUGCCUUGGGCCCCUCGAAGGUGAUUAUCAUGGCGCUGUCCCACCCGAAUUUUGUGGGCGCCGUGAAUCGCCCCGCGCAACUCCUCUCCCGCGCCGCUUUGGUGGCUGAGAUGCAGGAGGCCUUUGCGCUAAUGGAGGUGCAGCGCAGCCUCAGUGCAAAGAUCGAGGCAGAGACGCCCGUGCUCUUGACUUCUAGACUCCCUGAACGAGGCUGCGGCGGCCUGCCAGCAAAGGCAGCUGCGCCAGCGCACGGACUUUCAAGAGGAGAAGUCACACACGAGCGAUGCGCGAGAUGGAGGCGCCCUCCCAGGCUCUCAAUCACCGUGACGGAUGGGGGAACGAAUGAAAUCCAUGCCGAGCGGGAUGUGUCGGAAGCUGUGCUGAAGUCCCCGAUGGGCGAAGCGUCAUGCCAAAGACAAGGUCAAGGUAUUGCAGUGUUGCAGGAACUGACGCGCAUCAAGACCGGCACCACCGAGAAUCUUUCUCAGACCCCCGCCUGGGCGCCAGAGGCUUGCAGCCCAAAUGCCAGAUUUCUAGCCGCAGCGCCCUACCCUGAGCAAGAGCCGAGGGUGCCGAGGGUGCCGAGGGUGCCGAGGUAGCAGGAUGGCAUGGAUGCAUCCAAUACCUUUGGUAUUCCUUGAUCGCAUUUGCAAGGACAUCUGGCUGGUCUUUGUAUCAGCUGCAUUUGCAGUACAUCCAGCAUGUGCAGUUUUGGCUGGAUGCCGAUCGGCGUAGACGAGGACACCCACUGGAGAAGAUCAUCCAAGCAGCAUCGGGGGUGGACGUGGCAAGUAAUUGGGUGGGGUGUUUGAUACCUGUGGCCGCGAGAGAGAUGUGGGCGUGAAGUCCAUCCACGCAGCUGAUGUGGCUGAAGAAUAAGACACGUGGACUUCCGCGAACAUUCAUGCAGCUUCUAUCUGGAUAAAGAAAGGCCGCAUCAUCAAGAUAAUUGAAAGUGAUGAGGCACGGCCCAGGGUGAAGCUGGGGAGCAAGCUGAGAGCGAUGGAAGUGUUGAAAAGAAUGGUCAAGCCUA